AUGCCUCCUGCGCCUGAUGGCAAGAUAUACUCGGCGACGUACAGUAAUGUUAGUAUUGCGCACCCUGCUAUCCUGCUCUGCCUUGCCCGGAACAUGCCCGGGGCGCUCGACAUGCGCUCGCUUUGCGACAAUGUCCCCGUCUACGAAUGCAAUGUCAACGGCAACCAUGUCAUGCGACGGCGCGCCGACGAUUGGAUCAACGCUACCCACAUCCUGAAGGUCGCCGACUACGACAAGCCAGCCCGGACCCGCAUCCUGGAGCGCGAGGUGCAGAAAGGCGUGCACGAAAAGGUGCAGGGCGGAUAUGGAAAGUACCAGGGGACAUGGAUACCGCUCGAGGAGGGGCGCCAUCUUGCAGAGCGCAAUGGUGUCCUGCACAAGAUGCGCCCCAUCUUCGACUAUGUGCCUGGGGACAGGAGCCCGCCGCCUGCGCCGAAGCAUGCUACGGCUGCUUCAAACAGAAUGAAGCCCCCGAGGCAGAGUGCUGCCGCCGCCGCUGCUGCGAGAAACAGCAAAAAGAAUGCCUAUUCGCUCGAGGCGAUCCAGUCAUUUGUGACAAACGCAUCGCAGCAGUCGCAAGUGAGCGAAGACCCAUACGAAGCCUCCCAGACUCGCUCACAGAUUUUCCGCGAAGAGACGCCCGACAACGAGACCGUCGUCUCGGAGAGUAUGCUAGGUGACCACGACAUGCUGGAUGCCUCGCAAUAUUCGACUGGCAGCCGAAAGCGGAAACGGGGUGUAGACCAGAUGUCCAUGUUGGACCAGCAACACCAAAUUUGGGCCGAUGCGCUGCUGGACUACUUUAUGCUCCUGGACCACGAAGCUGCCUGCGCAUGGCCCGAGCCACCACCGAGCAUCAAUCUAGACCGACCUAUUGACGAGAAAGGCCAUGCUGCAAUGCACUGGGCGGCCGCCAUGGGCGACGUGGGCGUGGUCAAAGAGCUAAUCCAUCGCGGGGCGCGCAUCGAUGGUCUAUCGAACAACCUCGAGACGCCGCUCAUGCGCGCUGUCAUGUUCACCAACAACUUCGACAAGGAGACGAUGCCAAGCAUGGUCAAGAUCUUCCAGCAAACAGUACACCGGACAGACUGGUUUGGUAGCACAGUCUUCCACCACAUCGCAGCCACAACGAGCAGUUCGAACAAGUACGUCUGCGCGAGAUGGUAUCUGGACUGCAUCAUCAACAAACUUUCCGAGACCUGGAUACCGGAAGAAGUCACUAGGUUACUAAAUGCGCAAGAUCAGAACGGGGACACGGCAAUCAUGAUCGCUGCGCGCAACGGUGCAAGAAAUAUGGUUGCUCGAGAGCCGGUUCAAUACCGAUCGCAGACGGCCUCACAUCUCAUGACGAAAGUUGCACCGACUCUGUUGGAAAAGUGUGAAGAGUUGGCUGCGGCUUACGAGUCGGAACUGCAAGAGAAGGAAGCCGAGUCAUUCGAUGCUGAACGUGUGGUGAAGAGGCGGCAAGCAGAACUGGAAGCGGUCCGUAAGCAGGUCGCGGAAUUACAAAACAUGGGCAACGGCUUGCACAUAGAUCUCAACGACGACGAAGCAGAUGGGCAACAAGAAGAAGAGCUUCGGAUGCUGGUGGAGGAAGCCGAGUCACUGUUGGAGAUUGAGCAAAAGGCUGAACUACGACGGUUGUGCCAUAAUACGCCCCAGCCAAACAAGACGAAUUCGCCGGUCGACGUUUCAGAAAAACUGAGGCUAGCCCUUUUGCUGCAUCGAGCCCAACUGGAGCGGAGAGAGCUGGUUCGAGAAGUCGUGGGCAACUUGUCUGUCGCGGGGAUGAGCGAAAAGCAGGGCACGUACAAGAAGCUGAUUGCGAAGGCGCUCGGCGAGCGGGAAGAAGACGUCGAGUUGAUGCUGCCUGAAAUUCUGCAGGAGUUGGAAGAGGCAGAGACGCAGGAGCGGGCCGAGGGACUUGACGGCAGCCCGUUGUAG